AUUUUCCUUAGGUAUCGAUAAAAUUGGUAGAACAAUGUCAUUUCCAAACUAUUGCCUCAAUUUUAUUUUCAUCUGUCCCAACUCUUUUGCCUAAAUCAAUACAGCUAAUUCAAAAAGUAUUGGUUGACACAUUUUUUUUUAAAUUGUGUAAUAAUUUACGAUCAUUUUUGCCGAAAGCUCUGACGAGGCUUGUGAUGACUGAAUGAAUUGAACUGAAGUUUCGAUGGUUUAUUUAAAAUCACAUUGACACAAAACCAUGCAAAAGGUUAUAGCGGAUUUCAAAACUUUUUUUGUAUCAAGCCUAAUAGAAGAUGUGCUUCCUUUUUUGGAUGCUGAAGGCGAUCCGCCUCAGGAGGAAGAUGAAGACUUACAUGAGGUACAAAUCCAUCGCCUACGAAGAAUCUUCUGGUGUCCAAACUUUGAAACCGACCUGUUCGGAAAAGUUCCAUUUUUGGUGGUUGAGAACCUGUCCAAGCUGUAUCGGCGGGAGCAGAGGUGCCAAGUACGGUACGGAAAUGUCCAAAUGCGAGAAAUUUUACGUCAAGCUGUUUGAAGAAGGCACUUUGGAAAACUAUUUGCUGAAGAGUGCUGUCGGAUUCAUCAGCGGAGUGUGUCUCACGUAUCUCUUGUUUGUAUUUUUCAUCCUUCAGCUCAAUUUCUCGUUUGCAUCGGCAACGGUGAUAUGCUCGAUUUUCGGGAUCAUGCUCAGUUUGGGGCUCGCGUUUUCCAGGAGGUUCAGAUGCAUUGUGUUGAUGGUGUUUCCACAGCUUUUCAGCAAAAAAGGAAGACAGGCGCUCAUCGCGUAUGCCUUUAUACUCGUUCUUACGGGUCCGGCUAGAAACGCUUUGCACAACGCCAGGGUGCUGUCGGAAAGCAUGGUCUGCGAACAGGAAAAACUGAAAAGAGGGAUUCGAUCAAUGUUGGAUAUGGUGAAGAAACCGUUCAUUGCCAUUAAACAUUCAAUCGAACAAAUAAUGGCUAAAAUCAAAGGAACUUUUAAAAAGAUUAAAUAUCUUGUUUCAACUGUGACAAGAACAAUAUUGGAUUUAUUGGGUGUCAUUAAAUCGGCGUUCGAUUGGCUCAACAGCGUGGCUGGGGUUUGUAACAAAAAAAUUGGAACACCCUAUGCGCGAUGUGUUGCAGCUUUGGAAAGCGCAGUGCUCGACUGCAAGGACAAACUGCCUCCUUCACUGCACUGGAUGUGCUCGAUCACAUACGUCUCCAACUUGGUUUGCUAUUCAGUGAAAUUCAUCGAUUACGUAUGCGUAGGUUUUGAAUUUAUUAGUGACGAUCUUGUGCAAAUGACUAAAAGAAGACUGAAAGAGUUUUCUCAUCACAUCAAGAAUAUAUUUUACGUGUCAGUCGAAUUCAAGCACAAACUUGAAUAUGAAGAAACACCCUCGAAAAAUGCCAGUGACAUUGCCGCAGGAAUCGCUGGAGAAAUAAGAGCACGUACUAGUGCAAUUUUAGCACUUUUCGACUGGAUGAGUUUUGCAUUUAGCUUCUUUUUUCUCUAUACAAUAUUUCAGACACUUAAAUAUAGAAGAGAUUUUUUGCUGAAAGAUUGGUAUGAUAAUCGUUUCAUAACGGACAAUUUUAUUCAAAUUGAUCUGAAAAGGACUUACAUGGGAAAGGAAUCACUUUUACCUUUGACCCUUCAUGAAAAGAGAAAAUAUAUAAGAAUAAACUCACUCUGUCUGGUUCAAAGCGAAAAACAACAAUUGAUCAAAACUGCUAUUUAUCUUACAUUGGCGACAAUCAAACUGUCCAUUCACAUGCUGGCUGACUACAGUUUGUUCUGGAUAUUGUCCAUGAUCCGAUACCAUGGACAGUUUCAAACAGAUUUUGACGCUACGCCAGAAGUAGAGAUAAAAGUAAACGGCAAAGGAAUUCUGGCUGAUAUUUAUUUGAGUAUUGUAAAAGCGUUUCAACCUGAAAACCUCAGCAUCGAACGUGACACUACAUCAUGCCUGCCUGAUCCGAAACCACCCGAUAUGGCCAUUUAUAGGCAAAUUGUAUCACUGAUAGUACUCUGUUGGCUACUGUCGAUAUUGGAAGCUUAUGGACUCCGUUUGAGAAAUUGGAUUAUGUGCUAUUACUACCCAGAUGUUGCUCGUAAGAGAUCUGUCUGGUUGUACAAUCAUAUUAAUUCACGUAGGAGCACUUUCGUCAAGUAUACAAGGAGGCAAUUGAGAAAAAAGUACGGUCUGGAUUACAAAGGCGAUCAGAUGCUAUUUAUGGAUCAGUUGAGAUACAGGUGUCCAAUAAUAGCCAAAUUGUGCGGCUUGAAACAACCCAAGGCGUGUGUCGUCUGUGGAUCGGUGAGCAAGACGAGCGUCGAACCGUUGAUACAAUGCGAAACGCCGAAUUGUGUCGGCGUGUACUGUACACAAUGCUACACCGAAUUGAAAAAAGUCUGCACCAUCUGUCAGUCGCCGAUUAAUUACGGCGACAUUUCAGACAUGAGUGAAGAAAUGGACUCGAGCGAUGUGGACAAUGGAGAGGAAUUUCCACUGAAAAGAUUGAAGCAUGAAAAAAUCAGAUUCAAUUAUGAAACAUCAGAUUCAGACGGUGGGAGAACAGGACCUACUUCUGAUGAUGAAUUGGAUUAUUCAUAUCAGAAAAAAAAGCGUACCCUUGGUUACAAGCCAUUUUCAAGAUCUUUCGAAGUUGAAGAAAAGGCUGAACCUUCUAAAAUCAGAGUCAAUGAUGUUUUUACUCAGAACGAAGCUGCUAAAAGAAAGCAAGAUAAAGUGUCUACUUCGAAAAGUUUGUUCCAUAAAAAAAUGUCUGGCGUAUUGGAAAUAUUCCCUAGACUAAAAAUUUUAAAACGCCUUAUACCGAGUAAGAACGAUGACCAGAGAACCAGUGAUAAUAAUGAGGAAUGCAUUGAAAAAAGGGUCGAACAUAAAACUGGGAUUGAUAUUAAACAGAUCAAUGAAAAAAGGCAAACUGCCACAAAAGUACCUUACCUUACAUCCAAUACAGAUAUUGAUUCUUCAGAUUCAGAAACUUCACAUCUAAUAAAAAAAUUAAAAACCCCUCCAGAAAUGAAGGCGAGGUUCAGAACUAGCCAGAAGAGCACUGAUAAUUCCAGUGAGUCUGAUUUAGACAAGAGAAAAAAAAUACAAUCCAUUUUAUUACCAACACCUAAAAACAGCUCGGUCGAUUUAACAAAAAUGGAUGGAGCGAUGCAGACAGAUUUUGACCCAAAACCAUUUUGCUAUGCACCGAUUAGAACCGCAUUGACACCUGUGUUAAAACAAGACGAACAGUCGAAUGUACAAUUCUUAGGAGAAAAACUUUUCGCUGAACCACCUAAUAUUAAACAGACUCCUAAAUCGAUUAGCCAUCAGCUUAAAUGUUGUAGGUUAAGUGAUGUAAGGAAAUCUUCGAUCAGAUCAACAAUAAGAAAAAGAAAAAGUGAAGAUUUGUUACAUUUCCAGAGUGAACCUUGUGUAGAGGUCAUGGAAACAACUAAAACUUCCAAACAAGCAACAAGAGAAUCAACGGACACAUCAUCAAACCCCUGUUCAGAGCAAGAACAAGCAUUCCUUGUGAAAAGAAAAACUCGUGUAUUCAAGAGAAACUCUAAAAAUGAUAACUCAACUUCAACAAAAAGAUAUUCUUUUUUCCAGGGAAAGAAAGCGAAAACUACCUCAGCACAAGUCGCCUACAAACUCUUCGAAGAUGAAUAAUUGUUUCCAUUUUAAUGAAACUGUAAAUAAUUAUUUUAUUUAAUUA